UCGGGAGGGCGUGGAGGGGUCAGGAGGUGAAAUCAACAACAAACAACCAGGAGCGCCAACGGCAGCAGCCGUGGCCAGAAGGAGCUGCCGCCGCCACUGUCGCUGGGGAGAAGGCGAGAGCCCUCCGAGAGCGAUCAGACCAUGGCAGGCAGCUACCAGCUCCCACAGCUGCAGAAGGAAGAAGCGGUGGAAGCCUGGCUGGACGAUCACUGGGACUUCACCCGCUCUUACUUCGUUAGGAAAGCAACCAGAGAAAUGGUCAAUGCAUGGUUUUCUGAGAGAGUUCAUACCAUUCCAGUGUGCAAGGAAGGGGCAAAACACCACAGCGAAACCUGUUCUUGCCCAAAUCACCAGACAACACGGACCGAGAGCACAAAUCCCACACCACCAACCAGGAAGAUAUCUGCCUCUGAAUUUGACAGACCUCUUCGGCCCAUUGUUGUCAAGGAUUCUGUUGGAACAGUGAGUUUCCUGUCAGACUCUGAAAAAAAGGAGCAGAUGCCUCUCCAGUCUCGGAGUCUUGGGACAGAUGCAGGGGAUCAGUGCUCAAGGCUCUUGGAACUGGUGAAGGAUAUUUCCAGCCACUUGGAUGUCACAGCCCUUUGCCACAAAAUUUUCUUACACAUCCAUGAACUUAUUGCUGCCGAUCGCUAUUCCCUCUUCCUCGUCUGUGAGGACAGUUCCAAUGAGAAAUUUCUUGUUAGCAGGCUCUUUGACGUUGCUGAAGGCUCCACCUUAGAAGAAGCAUCAAAUAAUUGUAUCCGCUUGGAAUGGAACAAAGGGAUUGUGGGCCAUGUGGCAGCUUUGGGCCAGCCUUUGAAUAUCAAGAAUGCCUAUGAGGAUCCCCGAUUCAAUGCAGAAGUGGACCAAAUCACAGGUUAUAAGACACAGAGCAUCCUUUGUAUGCCAAUAAAGAACCACAGGGAAGAGGUGGUUGGCGUGGCCCAAGCAAUCAAUAAGAAGUCUGGUGGUGGAGCAACAUUCACCGAGCAAGAUGAGAAGGAUUUUGCUGGUUAUCUAGCAUUUUGUGGAAUUGUUCUUCACAAUGCUCAGUUGUAUGAAACAUCACUGCUCGAAAACAGACGCAAUCAGGUACUUCUUGAUCUUGCCAGCUUAAUAUUUGAAGAGCAGCAGUCAUUGGAAGUCAUUCUGAAGAAAAUAGCUGCCACCAUAAUCUCCUUCAUGCAGGUGCAGAAGUGUACGAUUUUUAUAGUGGACGAAGACGCUUCUGAUUCAUUUUCCAGUGUCUUUCAUAUGGAAUUUGAGGAAUUAGAAGACUCCAGUGAGACCCACAAAAGAGAUACAAACCAAAUUAAUUAUAUGUAUGCCCAGUAUGUGAAGAAUACUAUGGAGCCUCUUAAUAUUCCAGAUGUCCGCCAAGACAAAAGGUUUCCUUGGACAAAUGAAAACGCAGACGGUUCAAGUCAGAAUACAGAAAGCUUGCUGUGCACACCAAUAAAAAAUGGAAAGAAGAAUAAAGUUAUAGGAGUGUGUCAACUUGUAAAUAAGAUGGAAGAAAAUUCAGGCAAAGUAAAGGCUUUCAACAGAAAUGACGAGCAGUUUCUGGAAGCUUUUGUCAUCUUUUGCGGCUUGGGAAUCCAGAACACACAGAUGUACGAAGUUGUGGAAAGAGCCAUGGCAAAGCAGAUGGUGACAUUAGAGGUCCUUUCCUAUCAUGCUUCAGCUGCUGAAGAAGAAACAAGGGAACUUCAGGUAACAGCGGCUGCUGUUGUACCAUCUGCGCAAUCUCUCAAACUCACUGACUUCUACUUUAGUGACUUUGAACUGUCAGAUAUGGAAACCUCUCUGUGCACUAUCCGAAUGUUCACUGAUCUUAACCUUGUGCAGAAUUUCCAAAUAAAACAUGAGGUCCUUUGCAGAUGGAUUUUAAGCGUGAGAAAAAAUUAUCGGAAGAAUGUUGCUUAUCACAAUUGGAGACAUGCCUUUAACACCGCCCAGUGCAUGUUUGCUUCUUUAAAGUCAGGGAAAAUUCAGAACAGCCUCACUGAUGUGGAGGUACUUGCUUUGCUGAUCGCAGCCCUGAGCCAUGAUUUAGAUCACAGAGGAGUGAAUAAUUCUUACAUUCAAAGAAGUGAGCACCCUCUUGCCCAGCUGUAUUGCCACUCAAUCAUGGAACAUCACCAUUUUGACCAAUGCCUGAUGAUCCUGAACACUCCGGGCAACCAGAUUCUCAGUGGCCUUUCUGUUGAAGAAUACAAGGCAACCCUGAAAACGAUCAAGCACGCUAUUCUUGCCACAGAUCUUGCACUAUACAUUAAGAGAAGAGGAGAGUUUUUUGACCUUUUGAGAAAAAAACAGUUUAACCUGGAAGAUCCUUAUCAAAAAGAGCUAUUUUUGGCAAUGCUGAUGACUGCAUGUGACUUGUCAGCAAUAACGAAGCCAUGGCCAGUUCAGCAGCGGAUAGCUGAGCUUGUAGCCACAGAAUUCUUUGACCAAGGAGAUAAGGAAAGAAAAGAACUCAACAUAGAACCAACAGAUUUAAUGAACCGAGAGAAGAAAAACAAAAUCCCCAGCAUGCAAGUUGGAUUCAUUGAUGCCAUCUGCUUACAGCUGUAUGAGGCGCUGACACACAUCUCCGAGGCCUGCUACCCUUUGCUGGAUGGCUGCAGAAAGAACAAGCAGAAAUGGCAAGCGUUAGCUGAGCAGCAAGAAAAUAAUGUGAUCAAUGGAGAAAGCAAUCAGCCCAAGCGGAACUGAGCUAGCACUCCAUUAGGAAGUGUCCGUUUACAAGGGAGAUAUUUAUAUAUAGUAAUUUGGAAAUCAGUUUUGCUAGACACUGUAUGAAAUAGGUGUAUAAUUUGCCACUGCUGUAUUUUAAAUAACAAGAGAUAUAUAUUUUUGCACAGCAUUCCAAAGCGCAACUUGACUGUUUUUAUGUGUAUGAUGUACCAUACUUGUAUAUUUCCAAUAUUUCAUGUAUGUGAGGGGGAACAGAUCUGCGGUUAGCAGAUCCACCAUGCUCUGCUCAGCCUUAUCUGAUAGUCUGAAAAAGGAGAGUUCCUAGGACUGCUUUAGAAGCCUUGGUUUUGAGUUGUACAUAGUUAUUUAGUGUCAGUGAAUGGCCAGUACUUUAAAGAUUUCCAUAUUUGGCACCUUUUUCAUUAUUUUGUGUUGUCUGUUUUCAUAAGUGUAAAUAAUGAGAGAGCAACGUUGCCUUUGGAAGCCUAAGAACAUGAAGAAGCUUUCUAACCGAUAUUCACUACAUAGGCCACAGAAUUUAAUAUUUUGUUGUCCCAAAGAAAGGCAGUGAUUUCAAGGGAAAACAUUUUGUUUUGAGGGAAAGUGCUAUAUCUAUGUCUUUUCCUGAUAUGAAAAUGCUUCAGUAAAUUACUCUGCAGUCCAAGGCCAAGUGCAGGAGAUCCACAGAUGAAGUUGCCAAAAGAUCCAGAGAACUCUAAAUUCCAGUUGCGGGGAGCAACAACAGAAGAGAGGUCAUGACCUCACCUCUUGCCUGUGGACUUCUCAGAGGCAUCUGGUGGGCCACUGUGACUAGAUAGGCCUUGGGCCUGGUCCAGCAGGGCUGUUAUGUUCCAGAAGGUAAUGAAAUAGUGUCGUGGUGCAAAACUGCAGGUGACUGAGGAAGAAAGAACAUGUCGAUACAUGGUUGAAAGAAUCAGAGAGCAGAGACAGAGAGAAAAGAGUGACUGCAAGAACUGGGUCUGCUUUCAUUGUGGUGGGACUGUCCUUCAGCAGACAAGCUUAAAGUGAUCCUGCCGAACAGAACACAGGUGCAGAGAAGCGCAGGAGUCCGGUAGUGAUCGGAGCAAGUGACAAAAAACAGGCUUAUUCUAGAAUAUGAAAAUUGCUCUGGAUAUUGUAGAACUGAAUCCAAUUAAAGAGAUCAGAGCCAGGAAAUAGCCAAGACUACUUUAGAAACAACUGUUGACAAUUGCAAAGAGGUUUUAUGAGUGAAGUUUGGAAAGAAGAAUGCUUUUUGGUUUUCAAAAGACCAUUCAGCUUGGAACAAUCAGAACCACAAAGUCUUAAAGUUGUAUGCACAAAUGAAGACAGCUGAAAACACUUAGGAAGUUAUAAAGAUAGUGUUAAGCCAGCCAAAAAGCCUGCUCUUGCAAGCUGCCUAGGGCAGCCCAGCCUGGACUCGGCUGCUUGUGUGGAGCACGGGGAUCAGCACGUAUCCCGGCACUCGCGCACCACCAAACCCAACUUCUAAGCCUGGCCUAUAACAGGAUGCUGCUGGGAUCAUGUGCAGUCUUGGGCCGCUUGCAGCCUGAAUGCACACAGAGACAGGCACCUAGAGUACCCAUCUCAUGGGGGAUUGUGCGGUGCAUUGUGGGAUCCCUGGAGGCUGGAACACAUUGUCCCGGCCUCCGGUGAUUGUGUGGGUGCACGGGAAUGCACCUGAAGAGCAGGCACACCAUCAUUGAGGGGAGGGAGGUGAGUUGGAUCCUCCCUCCCGCUCAUGCCUGCCGGUCAUGUGGAUACCCUUAAAGCAUAGCUGUUCAAGUAAGAACACAAACAAAACAAGUCUUAGAAUGCCAUCUCACCUUACUGCCUACAGCCAGUAACAUUACCAAUUCAAAAACAAGGCUUUGAGUAGUAGUAAGAUUUAUUAUUUGUAAUAUGGCUGCUACUUUGGCUGUACUCAGAUAUUUAGAAAGUAAAUUUUCCUAGGUGUAAUUUGGGGGAGUGGGGGGAGGCAAACUAGCAGCAAUGAUGAGAGUCUCCAUCAAAUAUUCUGCUUUGAUUUUUUACUCCGUGUCUAAAAGUUUGCACAUGGCUGGGUGCGGGGGCUGCUAGCAUGGUUAUUGAAGGGGGUGAAAGGCUUUCCUCCGCAGGCAACAGAUGUUUCCUAAGGAGCACAACUUCUGGCUGGCUGGAUCCUCCCAGCAUAAUUUUUGUGCUUAUGGUUAUUUUUGGUUAUUUCAGCAGAACAAUGCAGAGGGGAUUCCAUUCUGUUUAAAGGACCAGACAUCUUGGAUAGGAACAUAGGAAGCUGCCAUAUACUGAGACAGACCAUUGGUCCAUCUAGCUCAGUAUUGUCUUCACAGACUGGCAGCAGCUUCUCCAAGGCUCCGACAGGAAUUUCUCUCAGCCCUAUCUUGGAGAUGCCAGGGAGGGAACUUGGAACCUUCUGCAUGCAAGCCUGAAGGUGCUCUUCCCAGAGUGGCCCCAUCCCCUAAGAGGAAUAUCUUACAGUGCUCACACAUGUAGUCUCCCAUUCACAUGCAAACCAGGAUGGACCCUGCUUAGCAAAAGGGACAAUUCAGGGCUGGGUAGUAGAUAUUCACUUAUAAUCUUUGUGAUGCUAAGAGGGAGAGUAAAUAGGGAUGUUCUCUUUGAUCCAGAACAUCCUCACACAUUCCAAAUGAUCAGCAACUGACUUUACCUCCAUUUUAAUAGUAGCAUAGAGAGUCACUAACCUGUGUAAUAUCUGGCUGCUCUUUGAGGAAAGCAUCCAAAACCACUCCCCUCCAUCCCACUGAAGGCAAAGGAAUGGUUGGCCUCCACAUUUAAGUCUCCAAAUGCAGAAAGAGGUCAAGAUGGUUGACAAUGGAAAUAUAUUUCCCUUUCUGAGAUUUUUACCACUUAGGUUUUUAUAAUCUGUGAAGUGCACUUUAGUAAUGUGGUAUUCCUAGUAGUAUUUUGAUAUGGUGUAUGUGUGUAAGCUUACACAUGUACAGGAAUGUGCACAUACCAAAGCCCAAAUGUUUAUUUAAUAAAAGUACUAUCUAAGCAA